AAUGUCGGGGGUGCUGCGUAGCGAAGUCGUAUGGCAAUAUUGUACCCGAGAAUCGGUGCUAGGUUCUUCUAAAGGUCACACAAUCUUCGUCGAGAAUGAAGACCAGAGAGAGUGUGGUGUGUUUCCGGUGGGUCCAAUUGUGUACAAACUCAGAGAAGCGAGCGAGCAACAGUUCGCCUUCGAAAAGGGGUCGGAGAAUGUGUGCCGGUUUUAGGGCGAGUCCAAUGCUCGUCAUGGAGUGCCCCGAAUUUCGCUGCUAAGCUUUGUGGGGACAGUAGGUCCUGAUCUCCACGCAAGCUGAAGAGAUUUCGUUCAGUUUGAUUAGCAUCUGACGGCCUUCUACUGAUUUCUUCGACGCGUGAGCUUUCGGGUCGAGUUUGCUUUUUCUGAGCUUAGGGCAGGUAUGGAUGACGUCGUAGAGGAAGAGCUACUGGCGUUGGAAUCCAUCUUUUACGACAGUUACAGCAAGAUCAACGACCAUCGGUUUCGGCUGCGAAUCGAUCCGUCUGUCGAUGAGGGAGAUGAAGCGAAUUCGCCACCUCCCCUGUUUUUGGACAUUGAGCUGCCCUCAGGGUACCCGGAUAAGGUCCCUGAAUUUGAUCUAGCAAACAUUAAUAACAGCAAGUACCCCGAUUUUGUAAAGAAGGCUAUCAUCGAAGGUCUUCAGCAGCAGGCCUCAGAGCAAUUAGGCGAGAGCAUGUGCUACGCUUUGGUGGAGUGGUUGAAAGAGAAGCUACCGGAAUUUUACGCCUCAAAACCCGUUGUUACUUUUCAGGAUGAGAAGGACGAACAUGAAGAUUCUGGAGGUGCAAAGGACACGAAAAAUACGGGAAAAAAAGAACCCAAGGACAAGGAUAAGCUCACCAAAGCUCAGAAGCGUCGGUUUUAUGACAAAUUUGGUGCAAAUGCCGAAAAACCUCGAGGAUGGAAUUGGGUUCAAAUUAUCUCUCACCUAAGUCAAGUUCCUCAACACAUCGCUUCUGCUUGACGAAGAAAGUUUGUCCGGGUGAAGAGUGAGAGCUUACAAUCUUCUCGUCUGUCGUCAAGCUGGCUAUUGCUUUGAAGCUUCGUUUUGAUUGGCGCGGCGGAUCAUUGGGUUCCAACUGCCCCGUCGUAUCCAUAUGUGACCUGCAUUGAAGAACAUGUGGGGGAUCAGGCAGAGAAUGCGACAGAAUGAUAAUCUGAGACGAGCAUGCCUUCAGAUUAAAGGGUUGAAAUAUUCGAAGGCAAGGCAGUCUAGAGGAAGAUAAUAGCUUCGAUCGGACGGCUUUUACUGAGAAUCACAGUUGAGAUCAUGGCCUAUCAUAAGGAGUAUAGUGUAUUUUAUAAGCUCAUCACUCGUCUUAUCUUCUUGCGUCAUAAAGCUUUGGCUACUCCUGAUAAGGGAGGGGAAAAAUUGGAAUACAGUCUGUCCGCUCACUGAUGAGUAGACUUUCAAGAAGUCUUGCCGU